UUAUUAAUAUUUCAAAAUUCAACCAAGUUCAAGCAACGAAAUGUAUAAGAAAGUAUUUUUGGUGAUCCUGCUAUUUAUAGGCUAUUGUCAGGCAGUACCAGUUGAAACAAUGGAAACAGAUCCUGAGUUUGUGGGUGGAUUUUUCGAAGGUGAUAUGGAUUUAGAUUUAACACGUAAUGGAUUAAUAGACACUAGCAAACGGUGGCCAAAUGCUAUUGUGCGCUAUAAAAUUGAUCAGGUGUUUGAUAUCGAUCAUACGUUAUAUAUUUUAAAGGGCAUGCAAAUUAUUGAAUCCAACAGUUGUAUACGUUUUCGUCAUGCCACCGAUGCUGCCACAUCCUACAUACAAAUUAAUGGUAAUCCUACUGGCUGUAGUGCUUUUGUCGGUUAUAGAGGCUCUAAACAGAAUGUUAAUUUACAACCUGAUAAUUUGGAUAAGGGUUGCUUUAGGAUAGGCAGUGUUAUGCAUGAAUUAUUACAUGCAUUGGGAUUUCAUCAUGAACAUAGUACCUUCUAUCGUGAUGAUUAUCUUAAAGUUGUUUGGGAAAAUAUUCAGCAAGGAAAAGAACCAUUCUUUCAAAAAUAUAAUGCUUCAACUGUUACGGGUUUUGGUGUCAGUUAUGAUUAUGGUAGUGUCAUGCACUAUCCCUCGGCGGCAUUCUCGAAAAAUGGUGAAAAAACUUUGAUACCAUUGCAGGGUGAAAAUAUUGAGAUUGGUCAACGUCGGGAAUUAAGUGAUAAGGAUAUUAGGAAAUUAAACUUAAUGUAUAAAUGUAAUGUUUAA